AUGGACAUCUUACUAGCAAAGGUGACGCAGCAGGCGAUGACCUACGCUAUUCGAAGCGGGAUAGCCAUCACCAGCACAUAUGCACUCAAGCAAUGUGGCCGUCUAAUGAAGACUGUAAAUGGUCGCGAGAAAGAGGAGCUUGCUAAGCUGCAACUGCGACUUGAUUCAAAGAUCAAAAUCAUCUCACCGGCAAUCGACAUGAUUGAGCUGAUCGCCGCCCGUGGAAACACCUCGCUCGAAUCAGCCGUGACGCUCACCAAGUCUCUUCGAUGGGAUAUCCAGACGCUCGGUAGUCGUGUGGAAAAGGCUGUAGCCGAAGAGCAGCUCUCAAGAAGGGGCAGCUCCAAGGCCAAGUCACGAGCCCAGAAUGAUAUCGAGCUCAACAUCAUCAUCUCGGAGAUGAAGCAACUACUCGAGCGCAUUGAAGAUGCCGUUCCACUCAUCAAUUUGGCCAUCACCACUUCUGGCGUGAGCCUGCACACAACUCUCCCGGCUACCGUGUCGCCAUCACGUCUGCUGCAGGCCAGCACAUUCUUGACGGCUGGGGACAUGCAGUACUGCACUUCAAAGCCCCGAGCUCAACAGAUUGGGCCGACAUUCACUCUAUCCAUGUACAUGCUAUUCUCAGGCUACGCCAAUCGACCACACGGGGAAAGCUUCCGCGAGACAACAUGGAAAGAAGUCAUGCACAAGGCCCGCGUAACCCUUCUGAGAGUGCCACUCGACAAGGUCUACGACUACCCGACACCGUUCCGACAAGACAAACGACGAUCUGAUGAGGCCAACCAUCGCCACAUACCCUCUGACAGCACAGUUCAAGAAUUCGCAUACCAGCUGCUGAUUGUUGAAGAUCUAGACGAUGGCCGCAUGCACGACUUCGAAGAUGGCGAGCCUCACCCCGAGCCAUAUGACGGCAUCGAGCAGGCUGGCGUUCGUGAGGUUGUUCCCAUCCACGAGGUUUCUAAAAUCUUCUACGCGGAUACAGGGAAGAUCUUGAACAUCGGUACCGAAGGCGAGACCAACAACCCGAUCUUGCUGCUAAAGCGGGAUCUCAAUGCAGCACCUCCACGCCGCAUGAUGGAGCGCGAUGCCAUGGAGACAGGCUACGAUUCAGACGACUCUCAUACGGUUGGAGGCGAUGAAGUUGACCCAGAAGAGACAGAGUUGGAAGACCAGCUGCGACGCGAGUCUACGGCCAAUCUUCAAGAGGAGCCAAUUCAAGAACCAGAGAUAACAACUUUUCCUUGGCGCCUUCCACCGACACUUGACCUUGAAUGGAUGGCCUUUGAGGUGUUCUCGGAAGACCCAUCGACGGACUCUGAGUUUGACGAAACUGAGGAUUCCGAGCUGGACCUUUCAUCACCUACAUCAGCAGAACACCCCGUACAGCGUGAUCCUUCCGAGUCGCCUGCCUUUCUCUCCCGGAUGUCAAACCUCAAUCUCCGUCCAUCGACGCCAUCUAAUGAUACGUCGCCCCCUCCACCGAACACCCAACUCAUCCCCUCCCCUCGGAAGGCAUAUGUGCCGGUACCACAAUACGCACCACAAGCGCCAACGACCCUACCGCCGAUCAAGACCUCGCUCUCCCUUUUAGAGAUGCUCAUUCGUCUCACUGCCCUCCAACAGUUCCAGCAGUCCUCGCAUCUCGCCAUCCCCGAUGAGUUCCUCAACUUCUUCCUCUCCGAUAGUAGCACCGUAGGCGCAGGCGGGGACUCAGAUCUCCGCCGCCGUGUGCGUCGAGAGGCUCGCAUGAGGGUCGGGUUUGACCCGUAUGAUGAGAGUCCAAUCAAGCGUCGUGGUGAAGAAUAUCUGGAGCACGAACUUCACGAAGACCACGCGUAUGAAGCUACAUCUCCAGUAGACGGUUCUACCUAUGACUACGAGGGCUACCCGACAGGCAGAGCGUCGACGAUCAACUCGCAUUCGCGCUCUGGCACGCCAGUUCAAUCGCCAUCUUCGCCUUCGUUUCCGAACUCCACGCCAGCAGUCAGCCGUUCUAUAUCCUCUAAUAACGUUCGACUAGACAGGCCGUCGCUCUCGCAUCUGUCGUCUCCCAGUCCGCUUCUGAGACGGGCAACUACGCAGCCGAACCAGAACCCAAACAAGAGCUUGAGACAGCCUAGCUUUAGAGGACUACCUACCGCACCUCCUACAUCGAGCUCGCCGCGGCAAGCACAACCUGAUCCUAAUGUACAGGCUUUUAGGGGCAGUGUGGCUCCUGACACGCCGCCCAGCACCGUCGAAAAGCAAGCCUAG